GGCAGCAUGCUGUAGCUGCCCUGGUGCUGCAACUUCAAGUGUCUUCAGUACAUUCUCCCAUGUAACACCCUGCAGUUCACCCCGAGAAGGAAUGUUGGCCAGGACUUCCACCACAUGGAAUCUGCUGUUGAAUUCCACAUGGGAGUUAAGCUGCUGGGCCCUGAAACUUUAUUCAGCAGUUUGAAGCAAUUCCACAGCUUUGCUCAUUCACUCUCCCACUUGGGACUAAUGCACAGGAAAACUCAGGGACUUCAACCAGAUACUACGGUGCCCUGGGAAGAUUUUGACUGCACACAAUACCUCUACUCAAGACUUUGGGCAUUUAAUAAACUUGCCAGCAGUUUUAAAAUUGUUGAUGGGGAAAAAAGAGGUUUGUUCCACAGUCAUCAGGUCAGUAAUUUCCUAACUUCUAGUCACCUUGUGUUUGCUGCAAUGAAGACUGUGCAUCCUACGCUUCUCCUGCUAUUGUUCGUGCCUCUGACACAGCAAACACCACAAACUCAGCUGGACUCACACGUUAACUCUAAGUAUGGAACAGAUAAUUCUGAAGAAACCAAAUUUAUCCAGGAUUAUGAAGAUAAAUACCUGGAUGGGAAAAAUAUUAAGGAAAAAGAAACUAUGAUAAUUCCUGAUGAGAAAAGUCUUCAGUUACAAAAAGAUGAAGUCAUACCAUCAGUGCCCACCAAGAAAGAAAAUGAUGAAAUGCCCACAUGCCUGUUGUGUGUCUGUUUAAGUGGCUCUGUCUACUGUGAAGAAGUUGACAUUGAUGCUGUACCACCACUGCCAAAAGAAUCAGCUUAUCUUUAUGCACGAUUCAACAAAAUUAAAAAGCUGACUGCCAAGGAUUUUGCAGACAUGCCUAACUUAAGAAGACUUGAUUUUACGGGAAAUUUGAUAGAAGACAUAGAAGAUGGUACUUUUUCAAAACUUUCUCUGUUAGAAGAACUUACACUUGCUGAAAACCAACUACUAAGACUUCCAGUUCUUCCUCCAAAGCUUACUUUACUCAAUGCCAAAUACAACAAAAUCAAGAGUAAAGGAAUUAAAGCAAACACAUUCAAAAAACUGAAUAAACUCUCUUUUCUCUAUUUGGACCAUAAUGAUCUGGAAUCUGUGCCUCCUAAUUUACCAGAAAGUCUACGUGUAAUUCACCUUCAGUUUAACAGCAUAUCUUCAAUUACCGAUGAUACAUUCUGCAAGGCUAAUGACACUCGGUACAUUCGGGAGCGCAUGGAAGAGAUCCGCCUGGAGGGCAAUCCGAUUGCUCUGGGAAAGCAUCCAAACAGCUUUAUCUGCUUAAAAAGAUUACCCACAGGGUCAUACUUUUAACCUUCAUCAGUGCAUUUAUAAUCUGAGGUACAUGCACCUGAUGUCUAAAGGAACAUACACAUUAGUUUAACAUUAUCGUUUUAUCUCACUAUGAUGGAAUCUUAUGUUUUAACAAAGAUGUCCAAAUUUCUGAAAUGUAAUUAUAAAAAUAAUCCAGCCUGAAUCUCCUAGUUCAAAACAAAGUAACGUGAACAUAAACAGCAUUAGAAACCUCCGUGGUUGUAGCAGACCGCCAUCUAAACAGUGCGCUUUUACACAAACACUCGCUCACACACACCAUUGCCAUGACUAAUGAAGUCAGAGAAUUCCAAAAAAACUCUCAACUUUGUCUUCCUUAACAUUUACUGUGUCUCAAAGGCAUUUAAGACAGAUGCUCCAGAACCUGUGCACAGCCAAGUGCUCCCAGUGACCUUCCCCUGACUCUAUGACUCACCGGUGUUCUCUGUAAAGCAGAAACUUACUUUCUGUCCAGGCAGCUACUUCACUGUAUUUCUCACUUAGCCUAAGGAAAGGGGAGCCACAUGUAGGCAAUCAUUUCCAGAGGAAGUAAAAUUUUGCUCUUUGGUACAGAGCCAACUUAGCAAAGUUCAAUCUCCUGCUUUGUGGUCACGUGCAUAGUCUUUAGUCAAUUACUUAAAAAAAACUUUGUCAGAAAAAAAGUAAAAUUCCUACCCAUUUCUCAAAGAAUAAGGUUCCUUCGCUUUAAAGAUUCUUAUUCCAAUUUUAGUGUAUGUGUUGCGAAAGCAAGCACAAAGAUUCUGAAAUAUGAAAUUAGCUAUACACUUUCUCACAGUAUAUUUAUUCAAAUAUAAGAAAUGAAAACAAAAUACCCCAUUAUGCUGUGUGCAGUUUCACCUGUACAUACAUGUUCACCUGAACAAACUGAAUAUUCCCAUUCUAGCCCAAGAGUACCAUUUCUCACUGGCCAAGAUCUCUACAUAUAUGUAAUAGUGAAAACCCAGUCUCCAGUCUGAUAGUGAGAGCAAUGCACACUAAGGUUCCAAACGGAACUGCAGAGGAAGGGCAUAGCCCACUCACAAAUAUUACUUUAUUACUUUGGUGAUGAAUACAAAAUGAUCAGUGUCUUAGAAAUUAUUCAUCUUUUAUAUAUAAAAGUACCAAUAUCAUUUCCACUAUAAGCUAUACAUCAGACUCUACAUGUUCAUCCUAGAACAUCCAUUUUAAGCAUUUGGUUGUUUUGUUUCAACCCAGACUGACCAUUCUCUCAUCUGUUAGGGUUAACCCCAGAUGAAACUUUUCAUCAUUAAAGCAUCUGUGAUCUAUAAGGCCACAACUAUUGCUCUAAUAAUGUCUACUAGUUUAUUUGUUUUUAUAAGUUAAUUAUAGUAACUUUAUCUCUCUGUAUCAUUUUGUUCGCAGGCCUCAUUUUCUCUGACUGAAUGCUCACCAAGAGCACUGAACACAGUUCUACUUUUAUGAUACUUAAUACCAUAUUUCAGCUAAAUAUACAAUAAACACUGUAAAAUCUAUCCAAAUAGAAGGGUUCUGUUUAUAUGGAAAAAACAAAUUAGUAUAGUCUUGAAUAAAUCAACAGAAAUAAAGUGACAAGUUUAAGAACGGUCAA